UUCGGAGAUGCUGUCCUGUUUCGUCUGGGUCUCCUUCCCUGACUUGGUUAAUGCCUUUGCUGCCGCAGGAAAAUUGUCCCUCCACAGGACUCUGGAUGAGCCUUUUAAAAUCCCAAACAUCUCGGGUUUCUUUUCCUGGGAUAACGACAGCCUAGCCGACUGGCAGAGCUUCGUGGGCAGGAGCCGGUACGGAGCGGAGUCACAGAGCAUCACGGUGAAAGCCCUGCUCGUCACGGCGUACUCCUUCAUCAUCGUCUUCUCCCUCUUCGGCAAUGUCCUGGUCUGCCACGUUGUCGUCAAGACCAAGCGCAUGCACUCCGCCACCAGCUUGUUCAUUGUCAACCUGGCUGUAGCCGAUCUCAUGAUCACGCUCCUCAACACGCCUUUUACACUGGCUCGUUUUGUGAACAGCACCUGGAUCUUCGGGAAGGGGAUGUGCCAUGUCAGUAGGUUUGCGCAGUACUGCUCCCUCCACGUCUCUGCCUUGACCCUCACGGCCAUUGCCGUGGACAGGCACCAGGUUAUAAUGCACCCUCUGAAACCUCGCAUAUCUACUGCAAAAGGUGUUAUCUACAUCUCUGUAAUCUGGAUCAUGGCAGCUUGUUUUUCCCUACCACAUGCUAUCUACCAAAAACUCUUUACCUUUGAAUACAGUGAGGAAGUUACCAGGUGCCUGUGUCUGCCAGAUUUCCCCGAGCCUGCGGACCUCUUUUGGAAGUACCUCGACUUAACCACCUUCAUCUUGCUCUAUGUCCUGCCCCUUCUGAUCAUCUCUGCUGCCUACAUGACAGUGGCCAAGAAACUCUGGCGGCGCAAUGUCAUCGGGGACGUCACCACUGAACAGUACUUUGCCCUUCGCAAAAAGAAUAAGAAGACCAUAAAGAUGCUGAUGCUUGUUGUCAUCCUCUUCGCAGUCUGCUGGUUCCCCUUAAAUUGCUACGUCAUCCUCCUCUCCAGCCAGACCAUCCACACCAACAAUGCCCUGUACUUCGCCUUUCACUGGUUCGCAAUGAGCAGCACCUGCUACAACCCCUUCAUCUACUGCUGGCUCAAUGACAGCUUCCGAUCAGAACUGAAGGCUUUGCUCAACAUGUGCAGAAAACCUCCCGGACCCGCAGAACAGAGGCUCCCCUCCGCAGUCCCAUCCUACCAACUGGCUUGGCCAGAAAAUGGCAACUUCAAGAGGUUGCAGGUCUCCCAUGUCCUUCCGUCAGCCUCCAACGUCCAGCUGGGGAAGACGGACAUCUCUGCAGUUGAACCGAUAGUAGCUGCAAGCUAAACAGCGGCCCUGGGAAAUCUAAAGGACCA